AUGUCGAGUUGCCCACAUUUCAAGAGUAUUCUAAAGCUCUUCUACCUGCUCACUCUGAUGGUAUUAGUUUCCAACACGGACAUGUUGAACAAGAAAUUGACACAAGCUCCGUGCUAGCUCAUCUGAAAACCGCUCUCCAGUGGGUGCAACAGUUUUCGCUCUUUGCAGUGCUCUCUGAUGUUGAAAAGAGUCAGAUCAUCUUGACCAAGUGGCCACAUCUUUUGUGCCUCGCAUUGUUUGAAAACGCCGAAAAAAUCUUCAUCGAUGAAAAAUUUGCGCAACUGGCUGAAAAAUUCAAUGUCCUCAAAGUUUCGGCGCAGGAUUAUUUCCUUUUGAAGGGAAUCAUGAUUUUCACGGAAACCAAUAAUGGUGCAGACCUCAAAUUUGAUCGUCAACUUGAUAUCUGUAUCGGCCUUCUCAAUCAGUUGCACUCGGAGUCUUCAAAGUCGAAAUCCGGCAGACUUAUCUUUCUUCUCGGCGAGCUUAAGUCCUAUUCUACUAGACAGCUUGAAUCUCUCCUAGAUCUCAAAACUUGUGAGAUUGUGAUUAGUUUUCUUUAA